GAUAAAACCUCGGGAAGCCGAGGAGUCGGGUUGGCAGUCCACUCGCAGGCCGGCGGUUGCUCUCCUCCGCUCUUAUUUACUCCCCACCAGGCCACACACUAGCGCGGACUGAGGCGUCUUGCGUAUACCAUCCACCGAUCCACGCGCUGCUCUCGUCUGCUGGUAUGGCUUCCGGAGGCGUCGCCCGCGCCCGCCUCGCCGAGGAGCGCAAGUCGUGGCGCAGGAGCCAUCCCCACGGCUUCAUGGCCAAGCCGGCGACGCUGCCGGAUGGCUCUGUAAAUCUCAUGCUCUGGAAUUGCGUCGUCCCCGGCAAGCAAGGCACUGAUUGGGAGGGUGGUCAUUUCCCAUUGACCUUGCAUUUUGAUGAGGACUACCCAAGUCGGCCUCCCCACUGCAAGUUUCCAGCAGGUUUCUUCCAUGUCAAUGUCUACAACACUGGUUCUGUAUGCUUGUCGAUCCUUGGCGACGCAUGGAAGCCUUCUAUCACAGUGCGGCAGACUCUAAUCGGCAUCCAGGACCUUCUAGAUAAUCCAAAUCCAGCCUCCCCAGCGCAGAAUUUGUCCUACGUGCUCUUUACACAGAAUAUGCCGGAGUAUGCGAGUCGUGUUCGUCAACAGGCCAAGCGUUACCCUUCGCUUGUGUAACGUUGGAUCAUCUAGCAAACCAGCUCCUCACUUCGUCGGACACUGUCACGAUCGUGGUUAUAUUAUCCAUCGUUUCAGUAGGCUUGUUGGGACUGUUAAAAUGCAGUUCAGUGGCUUGGCGUUCAUAAACAAGCUUCUGUUCUGUAUGAGAUGUUUUCCUAUUUCAUAAUUGGCUGUCAAGGAUUCUGGUACCAGCGCAAAACGGAAUUGCUGCAA